CAAUACAACUGAACAGUGACCUGGCUAUUGCGAUGAGCUCGCGAGCGCAAGAAAAAGAGGUUUCGCUCGACGAGGCAGCUGGCGCGGCUUCUUCAAGAGAGGCCCUCACCGAACCGACGUCCUCUGCGCGACAAGAUGCCCCGGCGCCGCGCAAUACAACUGAACAGUGACCUGGCUAUUGCGAUUGCGAGCUUCAACAAGCCGGGUUCCCGUCCGCUUGCGCGGGCGGGCUGGCUUGACCGGAUCAUCACGCGCAGACGUCGGCCCUUGGCUGGCGAGCCGCGAGCUGUGGUCCUUGCGUAGACACCGAGCGAUACCUCAGGGAGGUC